UCCGAGGGGAGAACGGUGAAACGACACAAGUAGAAGCAUAUACUUAAACUAGAUAGCUGGCAUAAAAUAAAAAUAUUAAUCAACAAUUAUUCAAAACCACCCGCCUGUACAACUCCGGGAGGGAAGAGCGACCUUAAGCACACGACCGACAAGCACUCCAACCCCGGGGUUCAACGGCGGGACGGUAGCGAAUAAUUAAUAACCAUUGUUAACCUUACUGUAAAUAUUUAUUCAGGUUCUGAAACUCGUGUGUUGCAAUUGGUGUAUACCACUCCCAAAUGUUUUGGUGGCCCUUAAAAACAAACAAGAUAGGACACCACUAAUUACCAUUUUUUCUUGCAGCAUUCUCAUUGGUCCAAUCCAGCCAAUCACGAACAAGGAACCUAACAUGUAAAUAAACUGCACAAUUGUGUCUUUUGCACUUGCACCAUGUUCUUUAUUACUGAUGCAUGAAAUCCUGGCUGACUAAGGUAAGUCAACUAGGACAACAGAGGAAAUAGCAAGCAGGAAAACGAGAUAGACCUAAAGACAAACCAAUGUCCAGGCAGCUAAAACAGUACGUUAUUAAUGCCAGAACCUAACUAAACAGCAUGAUGGACUUUGAAGUAAAAUACGGCCUUUGUGUUUGUUUGCUGUCAGCGGUUUUCUUCAAGUUUGUUAAAACUGUGUUGGUGUACGUUGGACCUCCAAAAUCAAUGUUAAAGGAUGUACAGAUAUGGAAUAACAUCAGUGUUUCGUGCAUCCAUGCUUUCAUUUGCUCUGUGGGUGUGAUUUGCAGUUUCGUGUUGUACCCAGAUGAAUUCAAAGAUCUUUCCUUACAAGGCAAUACAUUCAUCUAUCUUACUGUGUGUAUGUCUGUUGGGUACUUUAUCUAUGAUACUUUGGAUAUACUGCUUCAAAAGAACAAGUCUUCGUUAUUUGUCAUGUUGAGUCACCACGCCGUUGUCAUCGGUUUGUUUUCGCACAACAUCCUACUGAAGCUGUGCCUGCCCUACACUAUUGUAGGUUUGCUUGCAGAAGUCAACUCGGUGUUUCUGCAUCUACGCAAGUUACUGCAAAUGGCCAACAUGUGGACGUCAAGAGAGUACGCAUUUAUAGUGAUGCUCAAUUUGUUCACGUUUGUGGUGUUCCGAGGUUGGGCCAUCUGGUGGUCGGGAUAUACUGUGUUGUUUGACCUCUACGGAAAAGUGCCUCUUCCAUCUUACGUCUUUGUGUGUCUAACGACUGUCGCUAUAGACCUCGUCAACAUCAAAUUCUUUUGGAAAAUCCUCAAGAACGAUUACUUGAAAAAACCAACCAUCGUGAGAUCUGAACUGCUUAAUGGAGUCUGUAUUGAUGUUACACGUGAGAAAAUCCAAUAACGUUUUAUCACGUGCGUUCUAACUCGCCUAUAAAAGGCACUCAGCGAUACAAACAUGAAAAAGUGGUUUUAUAACAACAUGAAAAGCAAUUUGGUUGCCAAGCAACUGAUUUUAUUCGUACACUGACGUCUAUAAACAGCUAUGUAAAGA